UCAAAUUUCAAAUGGACUUUUGAGAUAUUAAUUGGAAAUUGUUUAAAUCUGUAUUUUAUUAAUUAUUUAUUACUGUAUACUUUAAACACAUUGGUCCGGUAUGAUGCAGCACAGGAUUGUCAGUCUAUAUUCUCCUGCUUUAAAAUUAGGCAUUAGAUCCCUAAGUAUGACAACGCCUCUGUCACUAAUUCAAAAAUGGAGGAAGGAACGAGGAUUGCCUUUAAACCCUAACACUUGUGGCAUGUUGACCGAUGGUCCCGAUUACACUUUCCUGGAUGGUAGACUAACACCAUAUGGGAUGCACCAGAAAACGAGAAUUUUAAAACAAAAGGAACUUCUCCAGGACAUUAUAAAAUUCACAGGGGAAAUUGAUUUCGCUGUAGAAAGGCACAAGCAGUUACGGAUUGCAGAAGAAAACAAAAAGAAUGAAAUACUUGGUAAAAAAUUAAAACCUAAAGGUUUAGCACUGUUGAAAGCCAAGUAAUAUGUAUAAAUCUAUAAUUAAAAUAAGUAUGUAGUAAU